AUGUCUUAUCGGCGUUUGACAAACUUGCUGAUUAUGGUACUACGGCCGGACAAGCCCCUAUCCAGGUGCUGCUCGUCCAGAUGCUACCCGCACAGCCGCGGCCUCUCCCGGUAGCGCUCUUGGGAGCAUUCACGACGAAGCACCAAGACAGGAAGUUUCUGUGGACACCCGUGAGGGCCUCUCCGAGGUCAGAUCCCCGGCGCCUUCCAAGCGUGAGUUUUUGGACGCUCACGAGUACGCUACCAACCUUGCACCAAACUGUGUUCGCCCCAAUUCAGACCGUGCAGCGGAGAAUGUAAGACAAACGAUCCUGCGGUGUAUUCCUCUCCUUUUGCGAUUUUUAUCAUCCUGUAUCGGUGUAGUAACUACUAAAGUUUGUUGGGCUCAAGGAUCGUGUUUCAGUCGCCUCAGCGGUGUCUGGGGGGGUCCGUAUUCCGGGGGUCUUGCAGGUGGUUUAG